AUUGCCAGACUCUAUGAAAUGCCACACUCACUCACUUUUCUCUCCUCACCAUGACUCCGUACUUUGAAACUGUCAAGUCUUUCGCAGAUGUACGAAUCACGGAGAACGGUAUCGACACCCACGACUUUUUAGAUGCUUCAGAUGGGCUCGUCAAGAUGUUCGAUCUGUUCGGUUCUACAGUAUUCGGAUUUGUACAGUCGGAUAUUAAAGGGAAUAUUGCGGGCGUACGCGCUCGAUUCGAAUCAACUAGAGAAAAGUCAGUCACCGUAGAACGUCUCGUGGAGGAAGAAACGAAAGAAAAUAAGAGGGUAGCGAUAGCGUGUCUAGUUAGACUUGUACGAGGCCUCUACUUCACCCAUCAAGCUCUCGAAAAUACCCAAUCCGACACAUCCUCCGAGCUCCAUGUAUGUUUUAAACGAGCGUAUGAUCUGGUGCUGAAACAUCAUCAUGGAUUUAUUGUGCGGAAUGUCGUAUCCGUAGCAAUCCGUGCGGUUCCCCGUCGCUCUGACUUUUUCAGCUGUAUCGCGCAGGGCGGAUCUAAGGAGAAGCUUGAUGUGGAGUUACGCAAGUGGCUUGAUGGAUUGGAUGGGAUCGUUCAGAGGGUUAGUAAGUUCUUGAAGGAUGGUGGGUACGGGAGGGUAUGAUUAGGGUUAUUCAAGCACGUUCUGUCGUGCUCGACUAGAUACAAAUUAUAUACUUACACGUAUUCAAGGAUCUACAGGACUUUUAUAAUCUUACACUAACAUCAUCA